AUGACAUAUGAAGAGGUUCUGAAGGCCGUUUUUCCUUUUCUGGAGGGUGUGGACCUUGCUUCUUGUAUGGCAGUGUCUAAGCAGUGGAGACACAUAGCUCGAGAUGAUUUCUUUUGGAAGUGCGCAUGCGCCAAGAGAUGGCCCUCUAUCUGCAAGCGACCUAACCCUCCAACUCUACCGUAUUACAAGCUGUAUCAAACCUUUUAUAAGCGCCGGCCUGGUCGAACUCUUCUUCCUCCAAGACUUUCCUUUGAUGACCUGGAAUUUUUCAUCGAUAUCUGGACGGAAGAUCGAUUUAUCUUUUCUGAAGUGGUCCCAGGCCCGAUCCUACAGAACGGUAUUAAAAUCCCAUCACCAGGAGUAUGUGACAUGCUUAGAUUGCACAUGGAGAGCUCGGAGUACAAGAUGAAACUCCCUGUUGAGCCAAGGUUCACAGUUCCUUUGAGCCAGACCGUGAAUGUUUCAGUGCUUGUGGGGCGCAAGGAUUCUAAUAAGGUUGCAUGUAUACUUAAUAAAUCUAAGUUUGACUACAUUGAUCGAACAGCAUAUAGAGCCAUGGCAAAUGACUACCUUGACUUCUCACCGGUCUACCCAUUCACUACGGGUAUCCGGGCAUGGAUCUCUUUGCUUUUCAUGGACAGCGGAAAUGAAGGAGUUGUUGAUGUCUUUGGGAUUGAAAUGGAUUUCAUGGAUGCUGCAAACUCGAAGGAAGAGGUUUUGUGGCUAUUAGACAUGCUUGAUUGGAAGUGA